AAUAGUUUAGUAAACACCGUUGCCUGCGUGAUUGUUCAGCUGUGCUAUGCAUUCGUAUUAACUUGAUAUAUUUUUUAUGUCUUGAUAUAUUCUAAACGCUGAUAUAUUUAACUAUUAGUUAGUCGAAAUGAUAAAAUCUAUAUUAAAGUUAACUAGAUUUCCUGGAUUACGGGAAAGCGUGUUAGCCGAUGGGCAUUUGGCUUCGGCAUUUUCACGUUUGAAUGCCAUAACCUCAAGGAAUAUUUGCACUUCUCACUUAUGCAGCAAGGAAAUUCGAAUGCAGAAUGAGAAAGUAAGGGUCGGUAACUCAAAAUAUGGAUUAUUGGAGGGAGAGACUAUGCCCGAGACAACCAAUAUUAGUCAGCAGGAAUGCUUGUUUCCUGAUGCAGAUACACCAAAUCGACUUUUUAAUGGUGUACCAUAUAAGGAAUUGCAUAUUGUCAAUAUAAAGUCAACUCCUAACAAUACUAUUAUGACUUUUACAAAUUUUAAUGGUAAAGUUUUAUCGUUGCAUUCAGCAGGGAUAGAGGGUUUUAAAAAUGCAAAGAAAGGUACAAACAUUGCUGGACAACAAGCAGCUAUAACUUUUGGUAAUCGAAUUAUUCAAUAUGGUGUGAAUACAGUAAGGAUACGAGUACAAGGUAUUGGACCAGGUAGAAUGGUAAAUAUUUUAUAAAAAUUGUCUCUUUUUCUUCUCUAAUCUGAU